AUGUCCAUUCCAAGCCGAAAAAGACAGUUCGUGGUCUUGCUGCUGCUAUCAGUGCCCAUGAGCGCCAUGACCGUGUUGGCCAACUCGUAUAUAGUAACGGACGCCACCAUGGAUGUUUCCUUAUCGUGGUACAAGGACCGAUUUCGCAGUGGCACUUUGAACAUGAAUGAUGCCGUGGACUCGAUUGGUGACUGGGAUACCUCUAGGAUUACCACCAUGGCGCGUCUCUUUGAAGGCUUUCACGACUUUACCGCUGACUUGAGUCUGUGGGAUGUGAGCCGUGUUACCGAUAUGCGGCGCAUGUUCAAGGGAUGUGCCGCCUUUAACGCGCCUUUGAUCGAUUGGAAUGUCGCUCAAGUACAAGACACCAGUGACAUGUUCAAUGGGGCUUCCAUAUUCAACCAAGAUCUCACCAAUUGGAACACACAAUCCGUUACCUCCAUGGCAAGAAUGUUCCAAGCGGCGUACUUGUUCCGCGGAGACCUUGCCAAUUUUGAUACCCAACGGGUCGUUGACAUGAGUCUCAUGUUUCAUGAAGCCACACUGUUCCCGGGAGGAAACUUGAGUGGCUGGGAUGUAUCACGAGUCACGGCCAUGCAUCAAAUGUUUGAACGAGCCACUUCCUUUCAAGGACGGGGACUCGAAUUGUGGGAUGUCUCGCAGGUCGCCUCAACCUCCCGCAUGUUUGCCAAUGCCGUUUCCUUUAACGGCGAUUUACGAGAUUGGAAACUUACCAGCGCCAUUACUAUGGGAGGCAUGUUUGCCGGAGCACUGCAAUACGAUCAACGGUUGUGUUGGGAUGCACUCGAUACCAAUCUCAUUGUUGAUGCCAUGGAUAUGUUUUGUGGAACCAGAGAUGCCCAUUUGGAUCCCUGUUGUGUGGAAGACUUUUUGGCGUUGGAGUCGUGUUGCAGUACCAGUGUGGGAGGAUGUCGCACCAUGUGUACCGAUGUCAUUCAAGCAGCCGAUGAAGCCGAUACGUUUAAUCUCGUGGACGUCGAUAUUUCACAGUGGCAAACAUCCGAUCCGGAACAGGAUGAUGAUGAUGAUGCACCACAGCAAAAAGAUGACAAAGACAAGAAUGAUAAUGACGACGACGACCAAGUCAACGAUGACGAGGCACCCACCGCAACACCCACCACGCCGCCAUCGCUUCGUCCCACUUCCGCACGGCAAACACCACAGCCAACCGCUGCACCCGUAACACCCGAACCGACAAUCACACCGCCCGAAACGGGAGCUCCAACGCCAUCACCCGAAACGGAAUCUCCAACGACAACACCCGUCAUGACGACAGCUGCUCCGACACCCAAACCACCCGUCGCCAGUGAACCACCGAAAACACCCGCACCGACACCAGACAUGACCAAUGCUCCUGCGCCAACGACGACAACGACGACAACUCCCACCACUACGACAAUUUCAGCCGCCACGGAAGAACAACAAGAACAACAACAAGCAGGAGCAAAUACGACAAUAUUACCAAUCACCAUGGAACCGACCAGUGAUACAGACGAUUUUGUAUUGCAACGACCAGAUGCCGAUGAUCUAUUCCUGGUCGAAGAUUCCUCCGGAACAACACAAGAAACGGUCGUGGUCGCGGAAACAGCACAAACCGAUACCGUAUCGUUGGAAUACGUCGAUGGCGAAAAUAUCUUGACGGCAAUCGAAGAUAUUAACGAAGAAGACAGGCAUGCCGAUUCCACUACCAUUGCCGUUACCGUCGUUUUUAUUGUCAUUAUAUUCGUCAUGCUCAUUGCCUUUGCCGCGGGGUCUUGGAGAAUGCAAAAGACGCCCUUUCCGGGAAUGCCCGUCGAAGACAACUAA